CUCCACCGGCGUGAAUCAGUACACACGGAGCUGUCCGUAGAGGUGGUACGUAUUCUGAAGCUUCCUUUUCUCCCAGAGGGUGCUGCAGGAAAUCUCUUUUGAACGCCCGCACCAGUCCUGCUGUCCUGAAUCCUUUCUGGCAAUCUCGGUGACCCGGGGUGAGCGAUGCUAUGACUCGUGACGUCGGUCGACGUGAUAUUCAACUAACAUUGCAAACGAAGGAAGCCACUUAUAGUCGUAUAGUGAUUUCGAAGCAAUCCCAGCUGCUUGCUGGAGAUCUUAACGUUUGAUGCCUGGAGUGGCACUAUAAACAUUCAUCCGUGGGUGGUAGAGCUUCAGGUAGAUGCUAGUAGUGUUGUGGUAUAUAGAGAGUUUUUAAAAAAUUAAGCCAAAGUAGUGAACUGAUUAUCCUUUUUGCUGUGGUGAUUUGUUUUUGCUGUAUCUGGUGUGGUCCAGCUACAGUAAGCGGUUAUAUAAGUGCACAGAGAAAGACAGGCAGUGAAGAAGGAGAGAACUAUUUUUCCUCAUUGAACAGCUGUUUACUCGUUGUUCGCCAUUGUUUGUUUAGGUCUUAUCCUUUUAUGUACUGAUUGGCUCUCAUUGCUGUGAAUUGAACAAAAGAAAAGUGCAAGUCCUAGAGAACGGUUGGGUCAAUAAGGUGUCGUUCAAUACCGUUUGUUUGACACCGAGCAUCGCAGCUGGAACGUUUGCACCGACAGCCUAGCAGAAAUUGCCACAGUGGAAGACGACAUCAGCUUCUAGAUAGUCUUUUCCAAAUCUCACAAUGGUAUUCGUAAGUUCUGCCGUCCUGGGGGCGGCUGCUGGAACAGGCCUUGCUCUGCUGGUUGCCGUCACCAUCGUUAUGUACCGGUACUAUGUCGUCCGGCGCAAGGGCAAAGAGUGGGCCGAGCUGGAUCGACUGGAGGAGCGCAAGGCGGCCCGGAAGAUUAAUUUACGGCAGGAGUGCAGCGUUAUUAGCGGAUCGCAUCCGGUGCAACCAGCGUCGGAUAUCGUACCGGCUGCGAUGGGGAUCGAAGGCAACGGUUCACCGAUAGACGUCAGCUCAAGCCCACUGCAGCCUAACUUGGAUCAGAAAAAAGUGUACUCGGGGCGCCAGAAGCCGCCCACGUCGGCUUCCAGAAACAACAGCAUGGAAAGUGUGCACUCGAGAGCAUCGAGCUGCCGAGAAUCGCCCAAGGUGGGAUCCAACGCUAAUCCAGAGACUCGAUCAACUAUUUCCGAUAACUAUGUAAUGCAGAAAUCUCGCUCACCUAACAGAAUGAGAACGUUCAGUUUAGAAGGAAAACUUCCAUUGUACCAGAGUGAAUGCGACGUGGUGCGUUCAAAAGUCCCUAGAGGAAGUGUCACUUCGGUGUCGAGUGUCAGUGCAAAAGCCGUCAAUUCGCCCAAGAAAAGACUUAGUACAGUAUCGAACGCAACUCUACCACGAUCGGGAGAUUAUGUAGCCCCAGACAGUCCUUGCGGGUCGAUUAAAUCCGAUAGCAGCCGUUUCCCGCGAAGACGGGUUCCCGUUAUAAUGGCUGCUAACGAUAUUAAUUCCGUGUUGGGCAGAUUUCACCUCCGAUUGAAAUAUGACGGUGAUAGGGAAGAUUUGAUGGUUCAUUUGAUAGAAGCUCAAGAAUUAGCAUCAUUAUCGAAGGAUGGCUUUCGAGAUCCUUAUGUGAGAAUGUUUUUGGACACCGACGAAACGAAUCGUUCCCUGAAAACCGCUAUCCAUCGGACAGAAACGCAUCCGUACUUUGAUCAGCAGUUUUCUCUUUCGCUGAAGCCGAAAAAUCUAGUCAAGUCGAACUUCGUCAUGCAGCUAUUGGACUACGACCGGUUUUCCCGAGACGAAGUGAUUGGUGAAAUACGCUUCCUACUCAACACACUGGAUCUAUCGGGAUGUGAAAUAUGGGGAGACAUGAUUGCGUUGAGGAAAUUCGUCGAGGAGCCUCCGGAGCUGCUGAUUUCUUUAAGCUAUUUACCGCAAGCCGAACGGCUAACGCUGGUUGUGAUGAAGGCCAAGAAUUUGAACGUUGUUCAUGAGCCGUUUGUCAAGCUCUAUUUAAUGAUCAACGAGAAACGCAUCAAAAAGCGCAAAACGAGUGCCAUCCGAGCAACGGAUCCGGCGAAUCCGAUCUGGAACGAAGCGUUCACGUUCGAUAUACCGGCGUCCCAGAUGCAGGACUCCGGAGUGGAACUGUACGUGACUUCCAACGAGGGCGAACAGCAGGAGCCUGGUUGUGCGAUUGGUCUGCGAGAGACGGGAACUGGUUUGCUGCAUUGGCAGGAUCUGAUGCAGAACAAUCGUAAACCUAUUGCCAUGUGGCACGUGCUGAGAUAAGCGAAACACGAGAGCCGGUGUCCAUCGUAACUAGUCUGACUCUACGGAGCAAUUUUAACCGUUUUUACGAGAAACUGUUUGUGUGAUUGGCACCUUCCAGCCAAGGUUUCAAUCAGUGGCACACUUAUUACCCUUUCCUAUAAACAGAAGAAAAAAAUCAGAGUAUAAUAUAUUUAAGUAUUAUAUGCUACACAGCUUUGUAAAAUUUCCAUCAGUAUAGAUCCUUUGCUUCGGUAAGGCAGUUGAAGUCCAGAAAAAAAUGUCGUUAGAAACUAUAGAGUUUAUGUACGAUACAAUCAACUGGAAUAUUUAUCUAGUACUUGUUCAACUCAUUGCUGGUAGUAAAACCAGUAUUCUUCAUUUCAUUUCAUUCAUUUUAUAUGCAAAAAACUUGUGUUGUGUUUGUUUAAUUUUUAAUAAACAGCUAACAUAUAGUAGAAAAUAAUGUUCAAAUCAUCAGAGCUUAUUCAUAUACAAGUAAUAGCUAUGAAAUAAUUGUGCCACACUAAUCGUCAUAUGUAAAACAAAUGUUUUCAUUUCUGCAUUUGUUUUAAGUAUAAAAUAAUAGUCCAAGUCAAUCGUUCACGACAACCUGCAACACACAUCAUAGAUAAUUAAGGUGUAUGUGAGGGCUUUCUUGUGAUCAGACUAUUAGGCGCUUCUAGAAGUAUUUUUUAGGCAACUAGCCUCAUGUAACUAGGAAGAGUAACUGCUACUAGUAAAACUAGAGAUUUGGGUAUUUUGUCUGCUCUUUAACCCACUAAUUGAAAACUGGGAAACAUGCUAGCGAGAAUUUGCUUUUCAUUGAUUUGGGUAAAGUGUGCGAUUUUCUUUCGAUAAUAUUACCUGAAAUAUCAGAAACCAUUAUUUUGGUUUGGUUAUCGAUGACAUUUGAAUUAUUUCGAAACAAGUAGCAUUAUAUAAUUGGAAAUUUCCCAAUUUUAAUUCUGUCUUUGAUAUUUUAAGCAUAUUGUUAUUUAAAAUUCAUCUUUCCGCGUUUUUCCUACGAAGCACAAAACCAAUUUUUCAAAAACAUAAAAAAAGGCUACAAAGGCACUUUCAUAAACUUAUUGCAAAAACAAAUCCAAUUUUCGAAAUCUGUUCCAGUAGGAUUUACAAACACCCAUUCAAUAGCUGAAAAAUCAACAAUUACAAACUUAAUAAUAAAUAGAGGUUAUUGAGGUUAAGCUACACUUUUUCUUGGAGAAAACAUUCUUCAAAUUUUGUCCUGAUGAUAGUCCCAAUAUCAUAUAUCCCAAUGGCAUUAGAUAAACAUACCAUUUUUUCUACUAAUCUAACUAAUCUAAUAAGACCUUUUACUUUUGUCAGGGACUUUUGUUAAUAUUUUCGUGCAGUCAAGCAGUUGGAGAUAUUUUCAUAAACAUUUGUUAAAAGAGCUGGUUGCCAAUACUAAAACAUCCUCGUUCAGUUUUAAAUAAUCUCUUGCCGAGUAUAAACUAGUUGAAGCGGGCAUUAUAAUAACUGAAUUGCUUUCGAUGGUAAAUAAAGACUGAUAAAAACAACCAUUUUGUCUUGAAGAGUUUAUUUUGCAUUUUAUAAUUAUUUGUACACUUAUUGCUUGACAUUUUUUUGUUUGAAUUCUGGAAUAGAUUUUGAGUUGAGAUAGACAUUUAGUUUUGAAUUAAAUAUUUUAAAGCUUUUUUUUUUUGAAACACUGAUAAAAGUUACCCAAAGAUCCCAUUUUUUAUAAAAUAAAACAAAAGAAAAAAUGGGUGUUCUAAUGAGGGUAAUAGAAGAAUAGAUAGUGGGCCAAAUACCAACAAUAUGACAGUUCUGUUUUGGAUGUACGCAUUUUGUUACCAUGCAUAACGUAUGAUAAAAUACAGAUAUAUAUAUUUUUAUAUAAUAAACACUGAAUUUACGAUAGUUUGCUGAAAUAUUUUUCCGAAAUGAAUAUAACAUACGUCAGCCAACACUUAAUCAAGACAACAAAAUAAAAUAAAUAUUAGCUUUUAGUAUAAGUUUCCUUCGUAAAUAUUGGAACGAUUUAUAUUUUUUAUUUUAUCCACCAAAAAGCCACACAAGUUGUAAAAUGAUUGAGAAAACGCACCAGCUAUGGCUUGAGAUGUGUAUCAUUUUUGGCAUGAGUCAUACAUUUUCACAUAAUAGCGCUGCAAUUGGGAUUUAGGGCAGUGUCAAAUCUGGUACACUUGCUGUAGUUAAUAAAUCGCACGCAACCUAUAAUUUUAUACGUUUUUAUUCAAAUUAAAUACAGGCAACAAAUAGAAGAGACUGUUCUAACCAUUAAAUGCGUUAUAUUUACCAGAUAGAAAUGUUUGUCAAUCUUACAGCAAAGCUAACUGUAACGCACUGAUAAGAAAUAUAUUUUAUCCAGCCAUUUA